ACUGGUCGUCUCUUAUACUUGACUGGCCUGGUGAGUAGCUAUACCAUAGAUAAACGCCGCGCUGGUUCCAUCAAGAGCUGAUCCAGUUGGUUUUAAGAUUACAAAACUAGGAAUAGGAAUGGCAAGAAAAGUUCCUUCUCUAAUAUCUCUAGUCAUCGAAGCGAUCAAAAGAGAAGUAGUGCACGCAGCCGCCGGAGAUGAUGAUGUUCGACCGGACAUAUAUGACCUCCCGUCUCAUUUAUUUAAUCGUUUGUUGACAAAAUUACCCCCGCUGGCUUUGCACAAAUUAGAAACAGAUAUGCCUUUUAAGGACUGCAAUGAUUACGAGGCUCCUUUGAACGAUGGUGGGAGAAAGCGUGGGAGAAAUGGAAACUUUGAUUCGGCAUGGAAGGCGCUGUUUAAGUUGCGCUGGCCUGACCCUUUUCACCCUUCUGAAACACAACUUGACUGGCGACGGAUAUACUGGCAAACACAUUUGCAGAAUUGCCUUGAUGAAGCAGCAGAGUUAGCUUUGCUCCCCUCUUUUGAUGGAUGCAUCGGUGAGAUGAAUGUUUCAGAUGGUAUGCUGAAAUGUAUUGGUUGCGAGGGACAUGUAAAUCAUCCAAAUUAUUCUAAAUUAUCAUACCACUGCCAACAAUUCGGGCACUAUGCUAGCUGUUUGAGACUUCAAAAUGUGUUCUGUGUUGCAGAAACUUGUGUAUUAUUAAGGAAGAGCAACUUGCAAAGUUUGAUAGUGCGGUGGAUCAGAUCUGAGAAACAUGUUGAUGGAUUAUGCAAACUGUUGAUCCAAAACAGUGAAACGUUGACAUCACUAGAGUUCAUUUACUGCAAGCUUUCACCAACUUUUGUCAGUGCAAUAUGCGGUUCUUUAAAUGUGGUUAAUACACACACACAUGGAAUACAGCACUUCUCAAUCAACACAUCCAGCUUUCUUGAAAUUAAUCCAGUUUCCUUACCUCCUGGAUUUGUAUCAUUCCUUUCAUCAGGCAGGUCUUUGUGUUCUUUGAAAUUACAUGACAACCAUCUAGACGGGAAUUUUGCAUGGAUGCUUUUAAGCGUUCUUCUUGAUGCUUCCUCUAGCCUAUCCAUCCUUGACCUUUCUGACAACAAUAUAGCAGGAUGGCUUGGUAAUCUCAAUGGGAAAUCAAAAUGCAAAGUUCCAUUAUCAUUAGGAAUAGGAAAGUCUUUGCAAUCAUUACGUGUACUCAAUAUAAGGGGAAAUGAUCUUCGCAAGGAUGACGUGGAGAGUCUUAGAUGUGCACUUGUUUCCAUGCCGAACUUGGAGAUCCUGGAUAUAAGUGACAAUCCCAUUGAGGAUGAUGGCAUCAGAUGCUUAAUUCCUUAUAUUAUCGAGGCUACUGAUAGAUGCUCUCCCUUGGCUGAGUUGUAUUUAGAGAAUUGUGAGCUUUCCUGCAGUGGAGCAACUGAACUUUUAGAUAGCCUUUCAAACUUGAAAAGACCACUAAACUCUCUCUCACUUGCAGAUAAUGGCCUUGGCAGUGAUGUAGCAGGACCUCUGCAAAAAAUUUUGGGCACAUCUAUUAAAACACUUAAUGUUGGAGGCGUUGGACUGGGUUCGCUUGGCUUUCAGGAACUAGAGAAAGGAUUGAUGGCAGAAUUGAAGCUUGUUGAUAUCAAUAUAAGUUGGUACAGCAAAAACCGUGGUGGGUUUGAAACUGCAAGAUUUUUGGCAAAGCUCAUGUCAUUGGCUCCAAACAUUAUUGCCAUCAACACAGCAUACAAUCUCAUGCCUUUAGAAUCUUUAACAGUUAUAUGCUCUGCUCUGAAGUUAUCUAAAGGUAGUCUUGAGCGUUUGGACUUGACUGGUAAUAACUGGGACUAUCAGCCAAAUCACGCUUCAAUGGUUGCUGAAUUCCACCGUAAUGGAAGGCCGAUCUUCAUUCUUCCAUCAUAUCUUGCUGUGGAUGUUCCCUAUGAUGACGACCCCUAGAUGGUCUGGGUGUAUAAUAAACAAAGGUAAAUGCAGAACUCGUUAAGAGUUGUUGGGAUUUAUGUCAACAUGAACAUCUGAGCUUAAAGUGUAUUUGAUGUAAUUCUGUGUAAAGUUUAUCUGCGGCUCCUUCAAGAGAAGUGUUUAUUUGUUGCUUGUCAACAUUUGUAGAGUUUGAAUAAGAAUAAUAGAGUUUGAUUUA